AUGACUGAAAGGAAAGUGACUUGGGUCAUCUGUGAAGCUGAUAUUAACAUUAAAACUGAGGUUGAAGUACAGGCUAAUGCAGCCUUAGAUAAAUUCGAAACUGAAAGGGAAAUUUCAUACCAUAUAAAGAAGUAUUUCGAUGAGAAUUAUUCUCCGAAUUGGCACUGAGUUGUAGGUAAAAGUUUCGCGUCUUAUGUAACAUACUCCUCGAAACAUUAUAUAUUUUUCUAUAUUGGACAGCUGGCCAUCCUGCUGUAUAAGCUGUAAUUUGGCAUUAAUUAAACACAGA